AACCAAAAUGUACUAGUACAAUAUCUUGUUGUUGCUUGAAGAGCCUCUGAAAUGGAGAAGAUAGAGCACAAGUACAUUGGAGUUGACGGCCUUAAGCUUCACGUAGCUGAAAUCGGUCCACCAUCGGGUUCACCAACUAUUUUGUUUCUGCAUGGCUUUCCUGAGUUAUGGUACACUUGGCGUUUUCAGAUGAUCGCGGUUGCAAAUGCUGGUUACAGAGCUAUUGCACCUGAUUAUCGGGGCUACGGGUGGUCAGACUCCCCGCCCGAGCCAGACAAGGCUACCUUUGAUGACUUUGUUUCUGAUAUGGCUGCGGUUCUUGAUGCUCUUCACAUUUCUAAGGUUUUUGUUAUUGGUCAAGAUGUUGGAGCCAUGGUUGCCUACCUGUUUGCUCUUCGCUAUCCAGAAAGGGUCCAUGGGAUUGUGACAUUGGGUGUGCCAUUUAUGCCACCACGCCCUGUCGAAUACCAUAACCUCCUACCUGAAGGCUUCUACAUUACUAGAUGGCAGGAACCUGGUAGAGCGGAAGCUGACUUUGCACGCCAUGAUGCUAAAAGCAUUGUGCGCACAAUUUACAUUCUAUUUGCAAGAAGCGAAAUACCAAUAGCACCGGAAAACCAGGAGAUCAUGGAUAUGGUGGAGCCAUCUACUCCACUACCCUCUUGGUUUACAGAGGAAGAUCUUGCUGUCUACGGGGCAGCAUUUGAAAAAACAGGAUUCCAAACUGCAUUACAAGUUCCUUACAGGACUAUUCGUCCGAAUAAAGACAUGCAGCAGCCAAUCAAUAUACCAGAUCCAAAAGUUGAAGCCCCUGCUCUAUUUGUUACUGGUGAGAAGGACUACGUGUCCAAAUUUCCUGAAAUGGAAAACUACAUUAAGAGCGGAGCUGUUAAAAUGUUUGUUCCUAACUUGGAAAUUGAGUACAUACCUGAAGGCUCCCAUUUCAUUUCAGAGCAAUUUCCCGACAAGGUGAAUGAGAUAAUUCUCUCAUUCAUCACUAAAAACUAUGAGGGGUGAAACUUGGACUUUAUAGACAUUGGUCCAGAUAUCUUAUCUGAUCUGAAGAAGUGCUGACACAAUAACAAAAAAACUUACUUGUAACCAUGUAAGAAGUUAUGCUUACUGUUCUCUGUCCCACGAGUUUCCAAUGUCCUUGUGCUUUUCUGUUUUGCCAAGUAUGCUCUUGUUUCACAGCUCUGUAUCUCGUAUCAUACAUUGCUAGGCAUGUGAAUUGCUUAUCGUUACAAGAAUGAGUGCACUAUUUUGUAUCUUGUAUG